AUUCCACAAAAGAUGAUUCGUACAUACGAGUUUGAAAACAUUGUUAGACCGUGAAAGAAUAAGUGGUUUGAAAAAUGAAAGUAGCUACCAUUAGGUAACGAAACGGUAAUGGGAGCGUGGCUGUGAAAUUUAAAGGUCGUCAGUAUAAGUGUGAUUUUUUGUUAUCGCCGACUCGAAAAUGGAGGAUUUUAACGACGGUGUCGACGGUAAAUUGGCUUUCCGAAUGCGGAAAGUCAAUCCCGAACAAUUCCAUACACUCGUAAAAAUGCAUCUGUCCUUCGAAUUGGACCUCAAUACCGAGGACAACGACUGUGUCAAUGAGAAGGCUAAACUGAAAAAGUGGGGCCUUCUGAGUUUUACGAAGAAACCUAAGUCGACUAUCAAUUUGCAAAAAAGCGAAGGUGCUUGUUUAACUGAGGACGGGAUAAAUCAAGUUAAACAACUAAUAGAAUAUUUAUCUAAAGAACAAAAUAUCGUUCAAGAAGGUAUAUUUAGACGCACUGGUAAGUUAACGAGGCAACAAGAUUUAAAGACUGUAAUGCACCAAGGCAUUCCACUGAAUCUCAACGAUGGUCGAUACAGUGUACACGAUUGUGCGUCGGUAUUAAAAGGUUUCCUGGCUGAACUACCUGAACCUUUGUUAUCUGACUUGCAUUAUCCUGCUCAUUGCCAAAUAGCUGAAUUGUGCAGCUCCGACUUAGAUGGGAAUGAUGCGAGAUUGCUAAGAUCUUUGCAAUUACUGUUGCUUCUUCUACCAUCCAUAAACAGAGUCCUGCUUAAAUGCGUGUUGAGUUUACUAAAUAAGACAGCCAGCUUUGAAUCUAAUAACAAAAUGAAUUGCGAUACGCUCGCUACUCUUUUUACACCGCAUUUAAUGUGCCCAAGAAAAUUGUCACCUGAAGCGUUACAUAUUAAUUCCCAAAAUCUGUCGUGUCUGGUUGCUUUCAUGAUUAAAAAGGGGAAUGAACUGUUCGAAAUUCCACCGAAGCUAGCCACAGAUAUCAGAGCUUAUUGGGUAGAACAAGAGAGGAAGUUACUCAGUCCUACGAGCGCAAACUUAAAUGAAUCUCUGCCGGAUACAACGGGAACGGCGCAUACUGUGUUCAGUUUCGUAGAUCAUAAAUUAACAGCGAAGGCAAAUUCUACUCAGGAUACCCAGGCGGCUUUAGCACAGCUUUACGCUCACAUACAAGCUAUGCCGGAAUCGGCCAAGAAACGCAGGCUCGUGAAACAAUUUAACAAAGAGAAUGGGCAAGGCACGCCUAGGCAAGCUAAGAACUUUCGGACUAAAAGCCUCGGCGAUUCGAUCAAGAAGCAUAUAUUCCAAAAGAAGAUUUUAGGAUACAAGAAAUUCGAUAUUAAUAUAGGAUGUAACGUCACCAGGUCGAGUAGCGAGGAAAACAUAGUCUCAAUGAAUCUCGAGAAAUCGCUGCUCAAGAGGAAAGUGUUACUUAGUAAAUCGGACGACGAGCUUAGCAUAGAAAACAGCGACACAACUACGGAUAGUCUUAUUCACGCUAAGCAUAUUAGCAAUAGUACCGGAAGCCUGAAUACUCCUAUGUUACGGAAGUAUAAGGACAAGAAGGCCGUAUUUAUGAGAUUCGUAAAUAUAAAGGAAGAACAAGUAGACGAUCAGUAUCACGAUUGGAACACGUGUAACUCGGAGAAAGGCUCAUACAUAGACGAGUCGGUAAAUUCGAAAGCAAGCGACGAAGACGCGUCUUUACAGCAACGAAUUAACAGCACUGGAUCAAAUAAGGAUACAGCGAGUGAUACACUUAGAUUAUCUAGGCAAUCAAGCGAGCCACCGAAUAUGUAUUCCCAGCAAGAUUCAUUGCACGAAACUGAUCAGAAUUCGCUGCACAGGCAAUGCUCGGAACCCACAUUUUCAACGUUAGAUAAAACUAGUAACGAAGACGCGGAAUGCCCGUCGAAAUUACCUGAGAACAAGAGGAUGUUAGGGCAUUCAAAGGUCGAGUCACAAAUUGAUAACGCAUGCGUUCACAUGUCUCCUGUUGUAAAAAAUAGGCUUUGGAAUGUAUAUGUUGCGCACACAUCAACGCCGUCGAAUCUCUUACGCAAAAGUUUAGUUACUAAUGAUUACAUGUUAACUCCUAUUACUAACAAUGAUAAGAGCAUGAGUCCGAUCACGCAAAGCGCGACCAAAAUGACGAAAGCUAUGCAGGUAUAUAUGCUUAUUAUUAUUUUGUAAUCAUUUCUUCUUUCGUUUUC